UGGGGUUUCUUUUCAAUUUAAGAAAUAAAAUCCUGAAAUAAAAUCCUCAUUCAUCACCAAAGGUCACCUGUCAAAAAUACACCGUUAUUUGCAUGCGAUUUUAUAAUUAGAAAUAUUUUAGGAAAACAUAUUUGCAUAAGCGUGAAGCUGACCAUGAUUUUGUGUAGAACAGGAAGCAGACGUAGGCCGUCCGAGUUUAGAGGGGGUAUAUUAAAUUGACAUUUAGAUAGGCUAUAUUUUACAAACACGGCACAGGACAACCAGUACACUUAUCUGUACAGGGUUGACAUUUAAGGACUUUAAUGAGAAUAUUUAUCAAACACUUGUGGAGUUUACACUUUGCAUACAGACAUGUAUUGGUAUAUAUGCUGUACAUGUACACGGGUAUACACAGCGUGAAUAUUAUUGGCAGACAUUCUUGCGUUUGACUGGCGAUAUCAGAAAGCUUGUCAACAUGCAAUCUAUACAAUGAUUGCUUUCCAUUACACGGUCCAGCCUAUACCGGAGAAGGACAGCGCCAAAAUGGAACGGAGUCAUCAGAAUAUAUCGUAUGAAGUAGAAUUCGGAGAAGUUGUGAUAUGAUGUUUACUCUGAAUCGCUUUGUAAAGCCCGUAUAAAAGCCUUAGUUACAUCUUCAUAAAAAUAUGGAUAACGUUCAAGCAUUCUGCAUAAUGAUGGGCAUUCCUGUUAACAUGAAUUCACAAAUGUUCGAACUGUUUCAGCCAAAUAACGGAACACAAUAAGCUUCAGGAAAGGUAUAUUUAAUCUCGAGUAUAAGGACGCUAGUUUGAAGCAGGUGUAAAUACCAAUGUUUGACGUUUAGAUACCCACUCAAGAUCUCAACUUCAGCUUAUGUUCGAGAGAAGUGAAACUUUAGCUACAUGGAAAGUUUUAAGCGCAAUUUACGCGUAAUCUAAUGUGGAAGAAGAUUUCAUUCAUUAACAUCCAGGAAACACCAUUUUAUUCGCUGAAAUUUGCUACGGAUUGUGUAUCAACAUAUGAGGAGUUUCAAAAAGGUUAAGAGUUGUGUUUUCAAGUGCUGUUUUGACAGGGAAUGAUUUUUAUGUAAGGGUAAUAUUUUUUUGGAAGGAAAUUUUGUUUACUGAAUAGACAAAAGCAGUUGUGAAAUAAUCCUGAUUAUUACAAAUGUAUCAAAUGUCGAUUUAAAUUACCCAACAUUUCCCGGAUGUCUUCGCAUAAACUUGUAUCGUUAUAUGUUAUUGAAGGGACCGCAAUGCAGCGUGGGACACAUCAGAAUUUAUUCAGUGUUGUGGGAAAGGAUUUCGCGAACAUAUUAAAACAAUGAAAGUAUUUCAAGACAUUCCAAGUGAAGGCAUGAACGUCAAACGACCAAAACGGACGAAUAAAAAGCGAGAACUCCAGCUUCCAUCCAUUUUUCUCAAUAAUAGCUGGAGCUCUAACGAAGACUCGGAAGAACAGGAUUUGUUUUGGCGCAGGAGUUUACAUCCGUUGCAAAGUUCACUUCCGGUUCAAUCGCCAAGUUCGAAAUUGUCUCCAAGACAGUUUAGUGACAGGGCGCAAUUUUGGAGAAACGUAAAACCUGGAAAGGCCCGUUUCCAGCCAAGUGUUCACAAAUAUGGAAAUAUCUCAGAAACAGGUAUAUAUAAUGGCAGUGUCGACAAAUUUUACAAACUUGUCACGCGGGAAAACUCAAUUAUGCUUCCACCUUUACAAACGUCUGGGAGAGUAAAAUCUAACAUUUCUAAUUAUGUUGAUUUAGCAGAAAAACAUUAUGUCAUGAAAGAUUUUCAGACGGAAGGGAAAAUAUCAAAAUUUGCCCGUGACGAAGUUUAUUUCCCAAGUAUGAACAAAGAUCUGUUUACAUGCCACGAAUGCAGGCGACGUUACGUCAGUGAUAAGUAUACAGAAGCAUUCGCGACAAGAAAUUCCAAAAAGCCAGAAUGCGCUGCCACUGCGACAUCGAAAGGUAAAAGACACAAAAAAGCGUUCGUCAGAAGUCGGGGAACGCGCGCGCAGUUCUGUGAUGUGUUAGGGAAGCGCUUCUGUUCCGAAUGUGGGGAGAUUGAAAACAGAAAGAUGAGGCAGGUAAUUUUGGAUACAUAUCAGACAGGUGAGGAAAACGGAGGGAGCACUGGUAAAUCCGGUCACGUGACCACAAGAAGGCCAAGGAGGCAAUCUAACGACCGGAAACAUGUCGUCAUUGACCCAGUACCUACCCUAUUGACAUAUGACGGAAGUUGAUCAAUUUACGGACUUUUGGUCACCACACGUGACAGGAAUUCAAAGUGAAAUAACUUUUUAAUUCAUAUUUCAUUGAAAGUUAUACGAAAAGACACAAACGCUUAUUCAAUUUAUGUAAACUUGCAACAGUUGGUAAGAUUUUUUCAUUGAUUCAUAUUUUGCACAAUCAAUGUCUUAAAUUGUCGCUAGGAUAUAUGCUUGUCAUACACAAUAGCCCUUCCAACAACGUUAACUAUGUCGAUGUGUAGGAAAAUGUGAACAAUUUCAAAUUUAAAGCGGUGGCAGUACUCGAGCCAUCUGUCUGCCCUGUUGAGUGUUGGCCGAUUAACUAUUGAAAUGUAACAUUUCCCCUAUAGUGGUCAGGGAUGGCAUUUGUUCCUAAUAAAAAUCAUUUUAAUUGUA